CGAAGGACGAAUCUCUAGUCGUUCUUAGCUAGACUACUGCGAGACUUGGUUGUGGCGAAAUAACGAAGUCCUAACGUUUUACCAGCCAGUGCCUGUCACGUCUUUGUUUCUAAUCCGACGGGCUAGGCGAGCCUUCGUCUCAGUAGAAAUUAUGACAAUAUUCAAUUACUAACGGGAGAGCGGCCCGUGAUUGGUUCUUAGAUUGAUAGUUGACAGAGAAUUUCCUCGGAGAUUACUCGCUUUGCCCAGAAUGCCAGCGCGACGACUUCAGAACAAUGAGACAGAGAAGCCUCCCAAAUCACCGCCGCCGCCGCCAAUCGUUCAAACGGAAUCCAGCGUCCCCGAGAUUCGACCGAAGGAACCGAAACUAACGUUGCGACUUCGCUUGAAGCAGGAGGCGCCUUGUGUCGUGACGGCUCCCACAAAAAGCGGCAAAGACGCAAAAAGUUUAGAAUCUGAUGAGAAAUGGGAUGAAAAGCGCGGGCCAGCCGAAAGCUGUAAGUCAAAGGAUGCCCUGUCGCAAUCGUCGGCCCAGAUCGGACGUGAGCGAACCAUAGAGAGUUCUUUGACUUCAAGAACGUUGGAGCAGGAUAGUAACGUUCAAGUGAUGCCGCCUGCGCUGAGGUCACCCGCUGAAAGCAACAGGACGCAACUCCGCACAGCGCCAAGGGUUUCGUUUGAAAAGGGAACUCGUCAAAGUUCGGCUGUUCCCAAAGGCAUACCAUGUUGCGUGCACCCAAAGCUAAUUAAGAACGGCGGCAAGUGUACGGAUGCCGCCUGUCAAGUGGAUCGGGACAUUACCAUCGAUGAGGUUGAACAGCUUCUUGGCAUUAAGAUUGAUCAGUUCAUAAAUGAUGAGGCCUACGAGCGAAUGCGUUCGCGUAUCGAGAACUUAGGCCGAACAGGGCUUGGGCCUGUCGGCACGUCUAGCGUCAACUUAACGCCAACUGAACAGUCAACAGCUUCCAAAGAUGAACCUCCACGCCAACCAAAAGCGAAAAACAAGUCUUCUCCUUAGACUACACAAUGGGUACGCAACUGGGUACCUACCACAACAAUCUGGUGCUCAAUCUAGCAGGCGGACCUCUCCAAUAAAAUAACGAACUCGAACGAAUGCGAGUUUAAACUGGUAACGUCGAAAAUGCGGGUUGAGCCGAUAUAUUAAACAAUCAACGACACAAAACAUGGAUACAUCGGUGUGAUGAGUUGUCAGUUGUAUGAUCACUACAGGGGGCCUCGAGUGUCUCAAGAAGCUUCGAGGCCACUGGAGGUAAGGGUCAGGAAGCAAUAGUAUACAAAAACGUGCACAUCCAAGGCGCCUCAACCGAGACCGGCGUAUUGAUCAGGAUUUGUUGAGAGCGUUCUUAGCAUGGAAUUCGAGGUCGUCGUACCAAAUCCAAAGGAAGUAAAGGCUGCAUACGUUCAGAAAGAACUCGCUAAAGAGUAAUUUGGUGAAUAUACAGUAAAAAUCUUGUAGCAAUUUUGGCUAAAUCCGGAGUUAAUGUCAUGCCAGUUUAGUGUCAUACUUAAUAAAAACUUCAUAAAAUAAAAGUAAGU